AUAUGAUACAUAUCUACUGAAUAUACUUUUGCAGGAUGGGGAACAAAUGAGAAAUUGAUUAUCCAGAUUCUGGCUCAUAGGAAUGCCGCACAACGCAAGUUGAUUACGGAAACAUAUGCUGCAACUUAUGGAGAAGAUCUUCUGAAAGACUUGGACAGUGAACUUUCAAAUGAUUUUCAGCGUGUAGUACUGCUUUGGACGCUGAAUCCAGCUGAGCGAGAUGCAUACUUGGUUAAUGAGGCUACAAAGAGGUUGACUGCUAGUAAUUGGGUUAUAAUGGAAGUUGCUUGCACCAGAUCCCCAUUUGAUCUCUUUAGAGCAAGGCAGGCAUAUCAUGCUCGUUAUAAGAAAUCACUUGAAGAAGAUGUUGCAUAUCACACAACUGGAGACUUCCGUAAGCUUUUGGUUCCUCUUGUGAGUGCCUUCCGGUAUGAAGGAGAUGAGGUGAACAUGAUGUUGGCAAAAUCGGAGGCUAAGUUACUCCAUGAGAAGAUAUCUGAGAAGGCUUACAAUGAUGAAGAGCUUAUCAGGAUUCUGACGACAAGGAGCAAAGCACAGCUCAAUGCAACUCUUAACCAAUAUAAUAAUCAUUUUGGAAAUGCCAUCAAUAAGGUAUCUCUUCUGCUCUGGUGGGAAAGUAUUGACAGGAAUGUCGUUUUUCCAAAGUCAUAAAGUCAUAGUUUGUUU